GCUCUGUCAGUAACACAUGUGUAAGAGCCGCGGAGGGAGCGAGUGAGCCGGUUAGAGGCCAGCGCCGCCGCCACCGCCGCCGCCGCCAAGCCGGGCAGCAGCAGCCCCGGCAGGGGCGAGGGUCAGGCGCGCGGGGCCCCGCCGGCCGCAGCUCCCCGCCUCCCGGGCGCGCCCGCCCCCCGGCCUCCGCGCCGGCCGCCGCCGCUCCCGGGGCUGUUGUGUCUGCGGCCGCUCCCCGGCUGGAGGUGCAGGAAGCUCGGCCGAGCGGCCGUCGCCGCCAGCAGCCCCGAGCGAGCGGGCGGGCGCACGGGAGGGAGGCAGGCGGAGGAGGAGGAGCGGGAGGAGCGCGGGCGGGGCGGGGGCCUCCGGGCGGGGGAAUAUACAAAGUGAAGCCACAUUGCCAAACUUGCAGCAGCGAUUGCAGCAGUUGCUGCCGCUGCGCCGCGCCGCGCGGGCCGAGGGCUCCUGCAGCUGCUCGCGCGGAGCCGGAGGCGGAGAAGAACGACGAGGACCGAGACUGACGCUUCUGCUUCCCGGCGCCUGCCACUUACGCGGGGCCCCCCAACCCAGCCUCAGAGCAGCGCGUUAAAAAAAAAAAAAAGAAAAGAAAAGCAGCCCUUAGCCCCCUCCUCCCCUUUCCUGCUUCUGCGAGAACAUCCCCCCCUCCCUCCAGCUCCGCCAGCCAAGGCGCCCCUUCCUUGGAAGCCGAGCGGCUUCGCUCGAAUUUCGCCGCCGCCGCCUCUCGCAAUAUUGCAAUAUAGGGGAAAAGCAGACCAUGGUGAAUCCGGGCAGCAGCUCACAGCCGCCCCCGGUGACGGCCGGCUCCCUCUCCUGGAAGCGGUGCGCAGGUUGCGGAGGCAAGAUUGCGGACCGCUUUCUGCUCUAUGCCAUGGACAGCUACUGGCACAGCCGGUGCCUCAAGUGUUCCUGCUGCCAGGCGCAGCUGGGCGACAUCGGCACGUCCUGUUACACCAAGAGCGGCAUGAUCCUUUGCAGAAAUGACUACAUUAGGUUAUUUGGGAAUAGCGGUGCUUGCAGCGCUUGUGGACAGUCUAUUCCUGCGAGCGAACUCGUCAUGAGGGCCCAAGGCAAUGUGUAUCAUCUGAAGUGUUUUACAUGCUCUACCUGCCGGAAUCGCCUGGUCCCAGGAGAUCGGUUUCACUACAUCAAUGGCAGUUUAUUUUGUGAACAUGAUAGACCUACAGCUCUCAUCAAUGGCCAUUUGAAUUCACUUCAGAGCAAUCCACUACUGCCAGACCAGAAGGUCUGCUAAAAGGUCAGAGUAAUGCAGAAUGCGUGCCUUCAUCUCAGAUCUUGUUCAUCACAGGUGGAUCCCAUGUGUCUUCAGUAGACAAGUCACCUUUGUAGCUAGCACCAGUGCCAGCUCCAUGCCAUUGCACCUUCUUUAUAAAGUCUUGAUUGCCCUUCUUGCAUUUAUUGGUGUAUUAAAAUGACUGAAUAUGAACAUUAAGGACUCCAUGAACCUGGGCUAAUGGGAGACUGUAGAGAAAAUGAAAAAAGAUCCACCGGAGGACGUCUCUGGGGGGGAGGGAGCUUGGGAGGAGGGAAAUGACUAAUGAAGCUAAUUAAAAGAAGCAUUCAAAUCUGCUUUCUACCCUCAUUAACAAUUAGCAGGGCACUGGCCAGAGUUUGUACCCUGUGUUUUUACCUUAACAACAUUCUAUUUGCUCUUUGUAUAUUUAAGUGUUGUAAGGAAAUGUGUUUCAAUCAAAACUGAACGUGAGAUAAAGGAAAGAGAUGUGGCUUUUGUGAUAUUCUAUCACAAACACUUUUAUUGUAUCUGUAAAAUACAAUGUAUGUAUGCAUGGAAGUGUUUUCGUCCUAAUGUUGCUACUCCCAUGGCAAAGAAAAAAAAAAAAGAAUGAAAAAAAGACAAAAAAAAAAAGUCGGAAAAAAAAUCAGGCUCAUAGAAGCUACUGUGUAGAAAUUCCCCCCUACUUCUAAUUUGCUGAAUGAAGAAAAAAAUCUUUUUAUUUGUGAUAUUUUCAGAGACAUUUGCUCUAGUAUGGUGUAUUUAAAUAAUAAAAACUUAAAAGAAAAAUAUUCGA